CCUUCUUCUUUCUAUAUAACUUAGCUUGUCUUAUCUACGACUGACAACGCUAUUCAAUUUAGCUGCUCUCUCAUGAUCGCGGCCGGCGUUGUCAUUUUCUCUGUAUCGAUCAGCAAUGAUGGAGGUUUAGGCUCUUGGGGCACAUCUUCAACAACAACGCUCUCUAUUGGAUCGAGUAGGUUCGACGCGACAGGAACUCUCUUCAAUGCGGGACUAGCCAAUGUUGCACAGCUUCUCUUCUCUAUCGGAUAUCUAACGUUCAACGGACUCUUCACCUGUAUAGCGAAUGCCAUCGAAUGGGACAACCUUGCGCUCUCCAGAAAAGGAUUACGAGUUACAAAACCCGAGGGGCAACAGCGAAGCAGUUAUUUCCUGCAACUACCAUUCCGAUUUGCAGUACCCCUCACUGGGGUCAGCUGUCUUGUCCACUGGCUGAUGUCGCAGAGUCUGUUUCUCGUUCGAAUAGACAUACAAGACCCGAAUGGCAAACUCGUGCUUAACCUUGGUUCCAAAUCUGCUUGUGGGUUCUCAAGAUUGAGCUUCCUGGUACUUUGCAUUACCUUUACCUUGAUUUUUUGCUUGGUUCUUGUCAUGAGCCUAUGGCGUUGGAGGAUCAAUAUUCCGCUUGCGGCAUCCUGUAGCUUGGUUAUCAGCGCAGCUUGCCACCCCCCUUUGGAUGAGGUUGAUCCUCAUCUAAAGGCUGUACAAUGGGGCGUCACGGCGAAGGGCGCAGUGAACGGUAUAGAGCACUGUUCGCUAUCAACGAACGCUGUAGAAAAGCCUCAAUACGGAAGAAGGUAUGUUUGAGUAGAUAGUUAGUCAAAGAAUACUACCUUCUGCAAGGCACAGCAGAGUGCUCACAUUUGGGUUGAAGUUGAGCUGGACGUGGUUCUCCUGGGACUACAUAACUUAGUACUGUGUAGGUUUUAGGUGCCAAACAACAAGGGUUAUGGGCGGA